UUGUUUCGUCGCACCAACCGGCCAAUCCAUUUUCCGUCCUGGAGGUACUUUAUUCUUAAAUGUUUCGUGAUGUCAUCGUCCUCUAGGUGGUGCCCCGCUGGAAAGAAAGAUCAAAUAGUUCCUUAAAGGUUGCGAUGCUAGCUGAAAGCCACCACCACCACCACCACCAGCAAAUUAGAGACCAGCGAAGCUUCGCGAUCGAGCUCGCCAGAUCGUGCAGCAAGAGCAUCGCGGACGCCACUCAAGCUGUCGUCAAAAUCAGCAGCCUCGUGUCACUCGCAGAUGAUACAUUCGUGUCCAACUUAGUGAUCCAACUGUACGGCAGGUGUGGAAGUCCCGAGCACGCCGCCCGCGUGUUUCGCGAGACAACGUCCAAGGACUGCUACACCUGGGUGGCGUUGAUCACGGCCUACUCCCAGAAUGGAGCCAUGGAUUCCGCGAGAGAUCUCUUCGACCGGAUGCCCGCAAGGACGCUAGUGUCGUGGACGACGAUGCUUAGCGCUAAUGCCCAAACCGGGCAUCUGGAGGAAGCCGAGCGGGUGUUCGAAUCCAUGCCGGAGAAGGACUUGGUGUCUUGUACGGUGAUUCUCUCGGCAUAUGCGAGGAACGCGCGUGCCAAGAACGCGGCUAGAGUUUUCGGUGAGAUGGUGGAGCGGGAUUUAAUAUCGUGGACGAUGGUCGUCGUGUCGUAUGCUCAAAACGGGUAUCUGGAGAGAGCUAAGGAAACGUUUGAUUUAAUGCCGGAGAGAGACUUGGCGUCGUGGAACGCGCUUCUCUCCGCGUAUGCGCAGAAUGGGAACCUUAAAGAGGCCCAGGCGGUGUUUGAUUCCAUGCAAGAGACGGAUCUGAUCUCGUGGAACUCUCUGUUGUCCGCUUAUGCCCAAAACGGGCAUCUCUGUUUUUCUGAGAGAAUCUUUCUUGGCAUGAAGUAUUGGGAUAUUGUGUCGUGGAACUCAAUGCUUGCCGCGUACGCGCAGAACAACAGGUUAACCGACGCGAGGAGAAUCUUUAGCACGAUGAAGCAGCGGGAUUUGGUAUCAUGGAUAACGAUGCUGACAGCAUAUGCCGUCAACGGGCAUAUAGAAGAUUCUGCUAAGCUGUUUCACUCGAUGCCCGUGCACAAUCUCGUCUCGUGGAACGCAAUGUUGACGGCAUAUUCCCAUAACGGGGAUUACCGUCAGGCCCAGCAGCUUAUAGAUUCCAUGCACGUAACAAAUAUUUUAUCGUGGAACACUCUUCACGCAGCAUAUGCCCGAGCUGGGCAUCUGGAGGAAGCCAAAUGCCUUCUCGAUCAAAUGAGAGAGUGGGAUAUAAUCUCCUGGGCGACGAUGCUAUCGGCGUUUGGACAGAAAGGAUACCUCCAAGAGGCGAGGGAUUUAUUCGACGCAAUGCCAGUUCAGAACGUUAUAACUUGGACCACGUUGUUGGCUUCCUACGUCCAGAAUGGUCACUUGGAGAUCGCUAAGAAGAUCUUCGAGCGAAUGCCGGAUCACAACUUGGUCGCCUGGAACACGAUGCUGUCGGCUUGCACUCACGAGAACUUCACGGAAUUUGGUGUCGAGCUCUUCCAUUCCUGCCAGAACAAUGGACUCCUCGUCGAUGAGAUCUCGCUCAUAAACUUCCUCCGGAUCUGCGGCCACAAGGGCGACGUUCGGGCGGCCUGUUCUUCGUUUGCUUCCAUGAGUGCUGACCACCGCUUGAAACCCAGCAAGCAGCACUUCGGGUGUGUGCUUGACUUGUUUGCUCGCACGGGUCAUCUCAAGGACGCGGAGGACCUUCUGCAAAACAUGCCUUUCGUGCCGGAUGCGCUCGACUGGAAGAAUCUGCUCGGUGCCUGCAGGAAUUGCAAAGACACGGAUCGAGCAGCACAAGCUACUGACCGUCUCGUCAGCUUGAAUCCAAAGAGUCCUGCGUCCUACGUGAUGCUGGCAAACACGUACCUCUAG